AUGCUUGUAUCUUGCACACUCAAGUUUGUUUUGAAUGCAAGAUUUAGCGAGAUGCAGAGAGACGGGAUAAUCAUGUUGAGUCCAGCAUUACUCAAGGACUCGAUGAACAGAAGAUCAUCACUCGGCAGUGCUGCCACAGAGGAACAACAAGUACGGGAAUUUGCCAGAAUGUUUGGACGGCGACGUUCCAGUGGACUCAUUGAUGUGGAGGAGGAAACACGAGCAAGUGACAGCCGGCGUUCCUCUUUAUUCUUACUAUGCACAAAAGAAGAACGACCAAAACGAAGAAAUACUUCGCCAAGCCCACUGGCGAGCAUAAACAAUGAAGUUGUUGAGAUCACUCCACAUCAGUACACUGCCGAUCCAACGUUGGCAUGGGAAAUGCUAAAGGAAAAACGACCGGUAAAGCCCGUUCGACAGAUGGGACUUGACACUCCAAUCAAGCCAGAUCAUAUACGAUUCGUAUGUAUCGGCUGCACACAUGGCACAAAAUUGGAUCCGUCUCGUAUACCGCCGGGUGACGUUCUUCUCGUAACCGGCGAUUUCACAACCUGUGGAUUGCCUAAGGAAGUGCUCUAUUUCAAUAAAUUGCUAGGUCAAAUGAAACACGCUUACAAAGUUGUUAUCGCCGGCAACCACGAGUGCACCUUCGACGAGUCAUUCCUACGAUCUUCAAAUCGGGAAAUGGAAGCCAAGGAAAUUGCCCUUAAGCAAGCUCUACAAGCGUCUUUAUCGUCAUCGAAAGUUACUUCACCCAAAACUCUCCUUACCAACGCUAUCUACUUGGAAGAUUCUGUAAUCGAGCUGUUUGGAAUCAUCAUCUACGGAUCCCCCUGGCAGCCCCGAGUGGACAACUGGGCUUUUAAUCUGCCUAGAGGACAGCCGUUGUUAGACAAAUGGAACAACAUACCUGCUGGAGUCGAUGUAUUGCUGACACACUCACCUCCUCUUGGUCACGGCGACCUGAUGCUUGAUGGACAACGGAUGGGUUGUGUGGAAUUGUUGAACUCGGUCUGCAAACGGAUAAGACCGAAAUAUCACGUAUUUGCACACAUUCACGAGGGUUACGGGUGCACGUCUGAUGGAUAUACGAAGUUCAUAAAUUGCUGUCUAUGCAACGAAAACCUUGAGCAAACGAACUCACCCGUAAUCUUCGACAUGCCAGUACAUCCGCAAACAAAGCAGUUCUACCUACAGAAUGUGAAGAAAAUAAUGAAACGAUACUAUCGUCAGUUGUAA